CAAUAACAAUUAUGAAUGAACACAGAAAAAAAUUUGAGCUAAUUUGUUUGUGCAUCCCAGAGACACAUUGAUGACAUGCUUGUUUUUUCAUUAAAGUGAUUGAAGGGGGAUCCUGCUUGAAAUGGAGUACGACACCUCUAUGCUAUAUCACAAGAGACAGGCAGGUCACUGUACAGUCUAACCUGACUUUGACCAAGGUACCUACAACAGUCAACUCUUCAACCAUAGAUUGCUACUGACGACUCGCUAAAACCCAAACGAGCUAAAACAAGAUGGCAUCUCCUUUCAUAACUUCGUGCUUUGUUGUAUUGGUCCUUCAGAUCUCUGUAAGUAAUAGAUGUAUUGACCAAUAAGAUCUCUGUAAGUAAUAGAUGUACUGGCCAUUCAGAUCUCUGUAAGUAAUAGAUGUAUUGACCAAUAAGAUCUCUGUAAGUAAUAGAUACACUGGAAAUUCAGAUCUCUGUAAGUAAUAUAUGUACUGACCAUGCAGAUCUCUGUAAGUAAUAGAUGUACUGGAAAUUCAGAGUUCUGUAAGUCAUAUAUGUACUGGUCAUUAAAAUCUCUGUAAGUAAUAUAUGAACUGACCAUUCAGAUCUCUGUGAGUAAUAGAUGCAAAUUGUUGUACACACCCUAGUUGUAACACAAUAGAUGCACUGUUUUACUGCCACUUGAGAUGUACGCAGAAGAUGUAAUUUGUUGUACUUUCACUUCAUAUGUACACAAUAGGUCAUAUUUGUUAACUGUUGUACAACAAGAUUAAUUCUAUGCAUCAUUACUUGAACGAAAUAUUUAGGAUCGCUAAUUUCACCAGCAGGUUACCUUGUAGACAUUCCUAAUAAGAAAAAGUUUAGAACAUUAUUUCACCGCUUGGAUUGAUUUCAAUGUUAUUCUUCCAUUCAUUUGCUCAAAUUUUCACAUUUUGACGAAGUUCUAAAUUGUUAUAAAAUGCUGUCCGACCUGUCAAUUUAUGAGAAACUGUGUUGGUGUUUUAUGAUUUCAUUCAGCUUUUAGCGUUUUGGUUUCAAGUAAAUUUGACGAUAGAAAAUUUAGAUGAAAAACACAAGACGUUUGGCUUUUCCUUACAAGAAUUAAAAUUUAACAUUUGAACAAUUUUACUUGGCAUUUUUUAAUAUUUUAAAAUAAAUGUUUUUUUACUGCGUGCUACCCACCGACUCACAAAAGGGACACUCUAAAAUGAAUAACUUGAAGUAACAUAUUUGCACCUGCGAUUCAUUACAGGGUCAUCUUGGCCAGAACACUGACGGUGUCAAGGACAAUGAGAUUGGUGAUAUCAUUGAGUGCAUUGCUGACGUAAUAGAAGAAAGCAAAUCUAGUAAGUUAUUAAAUCUUUAGCAUCUAAAUAUAAACUGGUAGGCUAUAGAACUCAGAUUCCAAAUAUAUUAUAUAACCUAGUAAGUUUUUGAAAUCACAUUCCAAAUAUAAUCUGAUAUGUUCUUGAACUGCUAGAAUCCGCAUACCUUACACAGAGAUCAGAAGACAGAUUUUAAGGCCUUAAGACGCAAAGCGGCUUCAGAAUUUCAAAUCAUUAUUAAUAAAAUUAUGACAAUUCUAUAUCAAAUGUCUUUAAUAUAUUUUGAAAGUUCGCACUUUGGUAAUGUUUGGCCCAGGUGAGCACUACUUGAGUUUAUGUAUUCAAACAAAAUCAUGACUGUCUCCGAGUUGUAGUUGAUCAUUCUAUACAGUAUUCUGAUUUAUCUUUGUUUUUCCAGAUUCAGGUAUCCUUGCUGCUGACCUUGAGACCGGGUUGGCUAAGUGCAGCCAGUUGGUUGAUGAAUACCUGGACUCACAACAUGCUAGCGGUAAGUUAUCAUUGACCUCGCACAUUAAACUGACCAACCACAAAGAGCCAUUUGUCUAUGUGGAACAACAGAGUGCCAUGAGACCCCUCUCCAUUUCAUUCACUCGGUCAGCAGAAAGCCGGUUAACACCAAACAGAUGCAACGUCUUGUUCAAGUCAAAGUCUUCUUAAACACCAUGUCGUCUUCUAGAUCAAGUCUUUUUUAACACCACGUCCUCUUAUAGAUCAAGUCUUUUAAAAAUCGCGUAUUUGCAUAUAAGGGUGUAUUCUUAACACAGUGUAAUGUUAAACACAUCCGUUUGUAAAGGUCAUGUGUUUAACUGAGUCAUAUUGAAACAUAUAAUAUUAGGUAGAACGAAUCUAUUGUGUUUAUUGAUUGACUUGUGAAUGUUUCAAAUAAUUAUAAAACCAUAGUCAAGUGAGCCUUGAAUUUCUCAGUGGAUCGAUUGCUUUCAUUGGUCUGUCUUUGGGUAAUGUAACGAAUCUGAGUCAAUUAAAACAAUUUUGUUACGGCAACAUUCAUAUUUGGUAAUAUCUAUAAAUAUAGAUAGCUAUUUAAGUCACUUUGCUAUUAGUCCAUUUCUAUGACUAAGUGAAAUUGGUAUUAAUUUCUUUAAUUUAAAAAUAUUUUCAAGGUCUAUGUGACAUUGACAAUAGUCAAAUAUCAAAUGUGUGACAAUGACAUUUUGUGUCCUCUGAAACAAUUAUGUGACAUUUUUCUUAAACGUUUGCAUUGAGUACAUCGACAUUUACCGUUCAUCAUACAUAUUUAUAAAUUUGUUCAUUUCAGUUCCCGGACAGAGCAUCUACGACCUCAUCUCCUCCAUGAGUCCCAGCGAUCACACUAUUGUGGUAUCUUCAGUCUUUGAUAGUAAGUACAUGCAGCUGUUCAGUAGAAUAAUUGAUUCCAAUGUUAUUGAAACGCGAUCCAGGCUCUAUAAAGUGAUGUCUGCGGAUUCACAAAAGGGAUUCAUCUAAUAUUGUCGAGGAAAAGUAUUUGAUUUGUUGGACACGAAUUGAUCACUCAUUGGAAGAGAAAACUAAACAACCCAUAAAAACAUAGUUGUUUGUGUAUAUCCUUUACAAACUGUAACAUCGGGCAAUGUGGGGGUGGGACUGAACAUUUGACAAAACAUUUAUGUAACACACUUUAUAAGAAUCCCAGUUAGUGUCUUCCCCUAAAGACUUGAAGGCCGCAUAUUGUGUUCACACCCCUGAACUAUAUUAAGAUUUUAAUGCAUGUCCCGCUUUGACACCGCAGAUUUAUUACAACUAUUUCCGUAAAGAAAGAGAAAAUAUUACGCACCCAACUAGCGAUAUUUUUAAGAAUAAUAUUUAGCGCAGUUGUCGGGAAUUUACUUCGUGAAAUCAGUGGCACCUGGUAGUGUUUUAAGUGUUGGAGGGUGGGCUGAAAAUUAGAUCAAAUUUAUUUUCAACGGCUACGUGUAUGCAUGAGUACCAAGUUUCAGCUCGAUAGUUUGACGCGAAGUGGUUCAUUUAGCCUUCCGAAUGUUUUGCUGAAAACCCAGAAAGAAAUAAAACAAAAAUCAAAAGAAAAACUAUGUAAAUAUCAAGGAUUUACAAAAGAAUGAAUGCGUGGGGGCACAAGCCCCGGUGCCCCACUCAUUGUCUUAUUGGUUAAAUGGCCCGCUUUCUCCAGUGUCACUAAGGGUAUUCCUUUGUACAGCCAUGGGCAUAUAAUCUUCCAAUCCCUACUGAAACACACAAGAUGCCGGUGGUUUGACCUACAAGCACUAAUACAAGACUGAAUCCUUUUGGAAGUCUAACAGAUUCAGAAAUAUCUAUUGACCAGUUGCGCGGUUAAGCCUGGCAAUAACUAAGAUAAUAGAAAAAGAAACAUUUAAAACAAAUGUCAUAUGACUUUGUCAUGACUGCAAUCUUUAUGUUCUUUUCUAUUUCAGAUGACUUCGUUAUUGUGGGCAACAAAAUUGGAAACUUUUUAAACAUGGUCAACUAUCUUGGAAGACAGAUUCUCAAUAAGGAAGGUGAUUCAAUACUGAUUUUAGAACUUCCCCAAAUCGUUUAAAUGGGGAUGGGAAAGUUUUUUGAUUUUUAAAUUGUUUAUGUUCAACCGUCGAAAUUGACUAGGAUCAUCGAGUCAUCUGGUUAGGGGAGGGUAGGUUGCGGUGAUCACGUUGGUGGCUGUCUAGACCGAUCCGUGCUCGGAAUAAUCUCUUGCACCACGUGCAUGGUAUAGUAGCUGCAUACCGUGACAUUAUGUUGCUCUUUCGGACCAGCCUGCGUGUGUCAACAUGUGGUUAUCCUAUUAGCUUCAUGAGAUUUAGCCCCAUUAUUUACAGCUGCUCUCCAUCUGGCUUACUCCUGGGCUGUCUGCAACCAUUGAGUAGGGUUGAUAUUGAAGGCCUUUAGUGAUGCUCUCAGUGAGUCUUUGUUACACUUUUUUUACCCCCUUGAAACCGCUUGGCUAUCGUGAGUUCUCCGAAGAAUAAUUGUUUCGGGAGCCGGUGGUCUUUCAUACGGGCUACGUGUCCCGUCCAACGGAUCUGAGACUGCAUCAGGAUGGUGAAAAUACUAGCUAGGUUCGCUCUAGUGAGGACCUCUGUGUCAGGGACUUUGUCUUGCCACCUGAUGCCAAGGAGUUUCCUGAGGCAAGUAGUGUAAAAAUGAUUCAGUUUCUUUGCGUGACGCUGGUAGACUGUCCACGUUUCACAUCCAUAGAGCAAUGUCGAGAGGACUGCUGCGCUAUAGACCUUGACCUUCGUAUUCUUAUCUGAUACCUCUCUUGUCCCAAAUAGUGCUGCGGAGCCUGCCAAAUAUGGCACUAGCUUUUGUUAGUCUGCCAUUCAUUUCAUCAUCCAUGACGACAGAUCUGGAAAGGGUGCUGCCCAAGUAAGUAAAUUUGUCCACCGGGUUGAGACGCUGUCCACUGAUUAUGAUGUUGGGUUCAACGUAGGGCUUACUGGGAGCUGGCUGAUACAUCACCUCAGUCUUCUUUGUGUUGAUUGUGAGGCAAAAGCUAUUGCAGGCCUCUGAGAAGAUAUCAACGCUGUGUUGCAUGACGGCUUAUGAGGGAGCGUCGAGGGACAAUCGUCUGCAAACAGAAGCUCGUUGAUCGUGGUAUGUUUGACCUUGGUUUUAGCUUGAAGCCCCCUAAGGUUGAAGACUAAUCCAUCAGUACGAAACCAGAUUGGCAAGCCCGUGGUGGAGUCUUUGAACGUAUUAGACAGUAUUGCAGAAUAUAUAAUACUGAAGAGUGUGGGAGCAAGGACACAGCCCUGCUUCAUGCCGAUUGUGACGGGGAAUGCUUGAGAUGAUUGACCGUUGUCCUGCACACGGGUCAUCAUGCCAUCAUGCAGCUGACGGAUGAUGUUUGUGAACUUGUCUGGGCAUCCGUACUUUUUCAUGAUUUUGCACAAGCCAGAUAUUUUGACCCUGUCAAAUGCCUUAUUUAAGUCAAUAAAUGUGGAAUAGAGGCCUGUAUUUAGAUCCUGACAUUUCUCUUGAAGCUGCCUAACGGCAAACACCAUAUCGAUACUUUCGCGUUUUUUUGCGGAAAUCGCAUUGACUUUCGGGUAGGAGACCUAGCUCCAGAUGUGCAUUCAGGUGGUUGAGAAUUGCUCGGGCCAAGAUCUUGCCUCUAAUGGACAGAAAUGAAAUUUCGCGAUGAUUGUUGCAGGCCUGGCGGUUUCCUUUGUGUUUGUACAGGUGGAUAAUCGAGGCAUCCUUAAAGCAUUGUGGUACAGUUUCCGUCUGCCAGAUGAUCUGCAAUAGACGCAAUAGCUUAUUCGUCAGCGCUGGUCCACCCUCUUUGUAGAUUUCGACAGGAAUCAUGUUGGCGCCAAGUAUUUUCCCAUUAGACAUUUGGUGGAUUGCUGUCUGUAUCUCGAUCAAAGUUGGGACAGCGUCCAGUGACUUGUUCGUUGGCAACUGGUGCAGUCUUUCAAUGGCCUCAUCAUUAAUGUUGGAAGGUAUAUUGAGCACACUAUCAAAGUUUUCCACCCAUCUUUCCAAGAUUUUUUCCUUUUCUGUAAUGAGUGUGGAACCGUCUGCACUAAGGAGAGGGCAAGAGUCUUGGGUGGCAACUCCACAGAUUUCUCUCAGGCCACGGUAAAAGUUUUUCAUGUCUUUCUUGUCUGCAAAGCCCUGAAUUUCAUCAGCUUUGCACUCAACCAGGAGUCUUGAAUCUGGCGCGAAUGAAUAUCGGCCUUGCUGCGGAUGCUCCUCAUUGCAGCUGUCUUUACUGUUAACAUUGGGUCAUCGUGGAGGGCCUUGUACCCCCGACGUCUUUGCUCAAGUAGCAUUUGGAAGUGUGGUCUACGCUUUUUCAGCGUCCUGGUUGUCCAGUGUGAUGGUAUCAAGGUGUCCAUCCAGGUUGUCAACAAAAGUUUGUCUCACAUCAGGGAUCUUCAGCCUACUGAUGUUGAGGCGUUUCGGAGCUUUGGUGGGCUGUGGUUGUCUCUUAGGAUGGAUAUGAAUUUUCAUCUUUGAGACGAUGAGGCGGUGAUCCGUUCAGCAUUCUGCGCCACACAUGGCCUUAGUCACCCUCACGUCCUGGCGGUCCCUGUGCCACACAAGGCCUUAGUCACUCUCACGUCCUGGCGGUCCCUGUGCCACACGAGGCCUUAGUCACCCUCACGUCCUGGCGGUCCCUGUGCCACACAAGGCCUUAGUCACUCUCACGUUUUGGCGGUCCCUAUUUCUGACGAUGACAUAAUCCAUUAGGUGGCAGUGUUUUGAACCGGGAUGCAUCCAGGAGGUCCUGUUGCGCGUAGGAAGGCUGAAGGUGGUGUUCGUUAUUAGAAGGCCAUGUUCAGCACAGGUCUGAAGUAGCAGUAGGCCGUUGCUAUUGUAAUUUCCAACACCAUACUUCACAAUCACUCCCCCAGGCGUGUAGUCACUGCAAACACUUGCAUUGAUAUCUCCAAGUAUGAUGAGUUUGUCAGCAGUCGAUGUGGAAGAGGUUACAGUGUUUAGGCCCUAUAAAACUUAUAUUUGGUCUCUUCUGUGUUUGUCAUGGUGGGUGCAUAGGCACUGACUAAAGUAGCAUACUUCUUUCAAUGGCAGAGGGGUAGUUUCAACGUCAUGAGACGGUUAUUGAUACCUUUUGUAGAGAUGGGGAGCCUUCUCACACGAGAGGUUUUGAUAGCAAUAGAAACACCAGCUUCUCGCCUUGCGUCAGGGUUUCGUCCACUCCUUUCCAGAGAGUUGGGUUUUACUGAAGGCGGUGAUUUCUAUAUUGUAUCUCACAAGUUCAUGGGAAAUGAGCUCCGUAAGUCGUUGAGGUCUGUUUGAAAUGUCCCUGUCAAGCAGUGUGCGGAUGUUCCAUGUGGCAAUUUUAAGUGAAACAGUGUUUAUCCUUGAUUUUCGAACGCAAAAAUUGGAACUGUGUUCAGCCGGCCAGGGUGUGAGGGAGCAGGCAUUGCUUUGGGCAUCUAUUCUAGCCCCUUCGUCAUGCAUUUAGGAGAGCCUGCCUGUCGCCACGAGACUUGGGAUGAUGGAUAAAGUUGGAUGACUGAUGACUUGCGCGGUUGACUUUGUUUAAAGUGAGGAAGAGUUGCGCAGCGUCAACCUCACUCCCUCGUCCGGACCCACCAUGUCCAGUGGCAAGACUAUGUCAACACGACCUGAAAUGGGUACGGAUGCAGUGGAUGACUAAGAUGUUCUACGUGCCUCAUCUUGCUCUACACACCUCACUGUGCGUUGCUGUAGUCGCCUUCACCUCCGUUGAACCUAUAUGGUCUCCUCCGCAGGAUCCGCUGACGUCAAGGCUUUGCAUGCAGUAGGUAGGCAGACCUAAAUCUCCGAAGGUUUGAUGCUCAGCAGCCACCCACGCCUGGUUUAGCAGGCCAAUGGGAGCCGUUGCCCAGGGUUUGGCCGCUGUUACAUGCCUUUAAGCUAUAGUAUUAACUAACCCUUUUUAUACACACCUGGUUGCUCUUAAAUGGGAGGUAUGUGAAGUGAUAUAGAAAUUUUAAAAAAUUGACAAUUCAUGUUUAAUUAACAUUAACAAAAACUGGAAACCCGUGUAAAGCCACGAAAAGCAUCGUGAAAACACGUAAAGUAAUGACUGCCCACGUUUUCUAGUAGUCAAAUUAUAAAUCAUAAAUGUCAUUUUGAUGGCACUUCUAUAUUUUGAGAUAUAUUGCAAUCUCCCUAGCGUUAAUGAUUUUGGACAGUGUAUGAUGAAACGGCUUGGAUCCAAAAAAUAAGGGUGAUCAGCUACCAGCUGCUUUCUCCUUAGUUGGACAUAAUUCAGCUAUCAGCUCCUUUAUCCUUAGUUAGACAUAGGACAGCUAUCAGCUGCUUUCUCCUUAGUUAGAAAAUAGUCAGCUAUCAACUAUUUUCUCCUUAGUCAGACAAUAGUCAUAUAUCAACCAUUUUCUUCUCAUAUAGACAAUAGACAGCUCUCAACUACUUUUUCCUUAUAUUCCUAUUAGACAGCUAUCAACUACUUCCUCCUUAUUUAGACAACAGGCAGCUAGCAACUACUUCCUCCUUAUAUUGCUAUUAGACAGCUAGCAACUACUUUCUCCUUAUAUUGACAACUAUCCCGCAGUCCAUCUAAAUAAACAUCUGAUUUUAACUCACUCUUCACAGACCCCGAGAUCAGGAAUGUCCAUCUGGCAACCUUGAAAUUCAUCAUUGACUCGAUUGUCCGCAGUGUUCAAACAGCUGGUGAGUUGGUCACUGUAACUUUUGGGGUUGGAGGCGAUGAUUGUUUUCUUAAUGAUGUUUAGAGAUUGUUUGGUAAAUGAUGUUUAGAGAUUGUUUGGUAAAUGAUGUUUAGAGAUUGUUUGGUAAAUGAUGUUUAGAGAUUGUUUGGUAAAUGAUGUUUAGAGAUUGUUUGGUAAAUGAUGUUUAGAGAUUGUUUUGUAAAUGAUGUUUAGAGAUUGUUUGGUAAAUGGUAUGUAGUGAUUGUUUGUAAAUGAUGGUGUGAUUGUUUGUAAAUGAUGGGGUGGUUGUUUGUAAUUGAUGGUGUGAUUGUUUGUAAAUGAUGUUGGCUUAGAGCAGUUGAAACCACUCCAGGGUGAAAUGGUAAAUUCAGAAUUACGCACAUCAUAGGGUAACACACGUCAACAACAACAACAGCAACAAAAAAAAAUAAAAAAUAAAAAAUAAAAAAAUAUAUAUAUAUAAAUUAUAUAUAUAUAUUUGAAAUUUUAGUUAUUCAGAGUGUGAUGCAGAUAUAUAUUACUCGUCUCUUCUGUAACAACCCCAAUGUACAUGGUUGGUUGAUAAGAAGGUAAAAACACUGAAAGUUUUCAAACUGUUUUACUAAUCUUUACGGGUUAAUUUAUUUAUUUUUUAAUAUCGAUUUGAUACUUAUGUGUUCAUAUAAUUGAUUGGUUAAAAUGAUUUCAUUCAGAGAGACUCUAUCCUUACUAUUUGACACCAGUUGAUGAGACUACCAACAGCACUAAACGAGCAUGGGAGGUCAAAGGUAAAAGAACCUAUAGAGGUCUUGUAAAUGCCGAUAGAUGACCAAUAGUUGUCAUGUAGCUUCCAUAAAGAUAGAUUGUAGAAGCGGUGUAGGAAAAGAAAGAGAGUUACAGUACCGUUGGUUGUUACGCCCUUUAGAAUUUCUUGUAAAUCUUUUCUCAAAGAAACUCUAUUUUUUUUUUUAAAUACGACAGGGUCAGAGCAAGAUUUAACAAAAGCUGUCUUGUUUCAACCUUGACUUCACCUUCACCCAAGGCUCAUCUUAUGGCAUAUGUUUAGGGCAUAAAUUGCACACCUCCCCUUGUUCCCCCACCUUUUAUUUUUUUUUUGUUGCUUUGCUUGAUAUUGAUUCAGCCGAUUAAAUAUGUUGUGCCAUUCUUUACCCACUCCACCCUUGUUAGGGAAAAGGUUGUUUACGUUACGUUCAAAACCUUAUAUUUUUUGUAAGGAAUGACAUCGGUGACGCAAUUUCUCAAAUUCAAUAUAUCACAUGGCUAUUAUUUAAUCUCACAUAUAAAGACCGUCAGCUUUCCUAGCCGAAACAAAGAAUUUUUUUUAACAUAUGCGAGGCAUUUCAUAAGUGCACGAUUGUACUCCUUACAUGUGUGUGUAAGUUAUUAUUUGUAUUUUCGAGCUUUGCUAAUUUUCACUUGCUGUAAGUUGAUAUCGAAUUUUGUUUCACUAUAUUUGUAUUUUUAUUGUUUUUUAAUAGAAUGAUUUAAAUGAAUGUAGCUAUUAUCACUAGCUAUGGUGUCUUUUUUAUUGCAUGCUGUUUUUGAGACCUAUGCUACACAUUGUUUAUUCUACGAACCUAAUCUUAAAGCAGAUUCAAUUUUCAAAACCUUAUAACGGUACGAUUCGUAACACUACACUUUUAUUCUUUUAUUUUCACUCGGUAAAAUUUUUUCUUUAAUAAUUGUUUCAUCUAUCAUCAGUUUCACCGCCAACUUCCAUCAAGCAACAACACCACACAUUACUUCUCACUAUUCAUUCAUCGUUAUAAUUUCUUCUGUUCAUCACAGGCAGCGUAAGCACUGGAUCCUCUGGGACUAAGGGGACAAUAUCCGGGUCAAAAUCAUGGAGGGUAAGUAUAUUUGAUUAGCAGCCGUUUCAGAAUGCUUUUUUAAAAUAUACAGUCGUCUUCUGUCAAUGGUCUAUUUAAUCUCAUUUUUUCAACAUCGUUUUAGUCAUUCUUCUGAUUUUAAUUCGUAUAAAUUGUUCUUGGUGUAGCAUUGAAACAUUCGAACAUUAUAGCAUUGGCCAUGGCAAGUACUCUGAAUAGUUAUAGUGGGAAUAAAUUAAGAUCAUCUAUAAAAGUGAUGGUUUUAUUUGUAAGUGUGCUUCCAUUUAGCUACAUGAUUUUUAUUCCCAAAUCACAACUUAAAGUUGUACAAAGGUUUAUCUUUCUAAAUAGAUAUAUGGACCCUGUCGUCUGCAUAUAGAUCCUUUGUCGAACGAAAACGAGCAUCUGGACAGGACAGGACACGUUGCAGGAAUGCCGGACAGUCGACUUCCCAAACAGCUGAUGUUGGGUGAACUCUCCAGAGGGAACCGCUCACCUGAUGGCCAGAAAUUAAAAAUUUUAAAGUUACUGCCUAAAAGCUUCACUCAAAACCAUGGAUAUUAACCUCGAUUCGUGGGACACACUUGAAUCGUACAAGUUGGCGUGGCAGACUCACUAUCGGAGCACAAUCCUCAGAGAAUAAGCUCACCGCUCACGCCCAAAGGAAGUUCAUGAAAGGGCUAAGCAGAGUCGACUCAAAUCCAACUAGGAUCCAAACCAACGUGUGUUACACGUGCGGGAAAGCUUUUCAAGCAUAAUUAGGACUGGCAAGCCACCUGCUGAAUCACCUUUAAAUAUUAUAGUUUUGCUAUCUUGGCAUAAUGAGGAAGAACAACAGCAUAUAUACAUAAAUCUAUUUGUAUACAUCAAAAUAUAUAUAUAUAUAUUUAAUUUAAUGUAGGGAUGGCACCAAGGAUGCCUUUAUACCACUGACGUAGAUCUAGCCAUCUUUAAAACACUGGGUUAGAUCAAGCCAAACUUUAAGCCAUUGACCUAGGUAAAGCCAUCAUUAAAACACUGACCUAGAUCAAGCCAAAUUUAAGCCACUGACCUAGAUCAAGACAACACUUCUACAUAAUGCAAACUUAGUAGUUGUAUAUGUGAUAAUUGAGCUCGAUGUAGCAAAAUGAUAUUAGAAGAUCCUUUUAUCUGCAAUGUUUGACUUAACGUUGGUUCUAAAGCAGUGUUUCUCAAAUGUUGGUCCGUGGACCCACGACGGUCCCCGACCCUUACUUCACCGUUCCGCACAACACGAAUAUUUAUGAACGAAUGAAAAAAAAAGAAUGAAAAUGACAAAAAUCUGCCAGCGGUCCCAGGAUGAAAUUUCAAAACGUGUCCACGGGUCAACCAAACUUAACGGUUUGGGAAACGCUGUUCUAAAGGACGUUAGACUUGUUGUUGUUGUUUUGCUUCAUAUUUAUGAUGAUCCAGUCUUCGAUUCCAGUGUGCAUGGGAACAUUGAUAUCCAUUGGUGGGUAUUUAGAAUUAAUACCGGAGUGGAAACACUAAUAUCCAUUGGCGGGUAUUUUGAAUUAAUACCGGAGUGGAAACACUGAUAUCCAUUGGCGGGUAUUUUGAAUUAGCACCGAUGACGUCAUUAGGUGGUUCCUAUCAGAUAAUAACCUAAAUAUUGAACCAUAGUAACCUUUUUAAAACUUUUUUUUCACAGAGAAGGAGCAUCAUUGCGUCUUUGAAUAGAGACAGGAGACGUAAGUAGAGUCAUUUCAUAUUUUAUACUCGGGGUAUAAAUCCGGUCAAUAAGCUAUCCUAUUGUGGUCUUUCUUUCCAUUAUACCAGAACAUGCCUUAUUCUGAUCAUUAGGUAAUUAAAAGAGGUAUUUAACUAUUAUUUUAAAAUGAAGCGCUUAUUAACACAUGAGAUAUUUAAUAAAUAGUUUUUGGAGUUUUGGAAAUAGAAUUCUAAGAAUUCAGUUGAAGCUAUAGAUUUUUUAAACUUUAGAAUUAGGGUAGUUGUGAAUCUAAACGAUAUGAUGGAUUUAUGGAUUAUUUAUUACACUGUGCGUGGUGGAUAGCACUAAUUAGGUAAGCUUGUAAGGAUAUGUUAAUUUAGUUUCUAUGUAGAGGACAGUAUGACGCCGUUUGGAUGGACGGGGCCAUUCAGUUUCUAUGGAGUUCAGUGUAUGAAUUUGUUGAGAUGGAUAGUGCCAUUCAGUUUAGAUGGAUGGUGGUAUAUGACGUUCAUAAAGGGGUUAAUGUAAAAUGCACCGGAAAUUAACUUAUUUAAAAGAAUUUCAUUACGCAUUGUGUCCUGUCGCUCUUAUGUGUCAUUGCUUCUUAGGUCAUUAAAGCGCAUUAUAAAACUAGUCUUACAUGCCCUUAUUGAAACAUAGGUCUUACAAGCCCAUUUUUUAUCAUAUAACUUACAAGUCCUUAUUGAAACUUAGGUCUUACAAGCCUUUUUAAACUAGAUCUUACAAUCCCUUUCACCCUAAGUUUUCCAAGCCUUAAUUGAAACCUAGGUCUUAAAAGCCAUUAUUGAAACCUAGGUCUCACAAGCCCUUAUUGAAAACAAGGUCUUACAAGCCAUUUAAAUCUUGGUCUUACAAGCCUUUUAAACAUAGGUCUUACAAGCCCUUUAAACCUAGAUCUUGGAAGCUCUUUUACCAAAGUUCUGACAAGCCCCCAUUUAAACCUAGGUCUUACAAGCCUUUAUUUAAAACUCUGUCUUAAAAGCCAAUUUAACUCCAGGUCUUACAAGCCAUUUAACCUCAGGUCUUACAAAACUUAACCACUGGUCUUACAAGCCAUUUAACAAUAGGUCUUACAAGCCCUCUACUCCAAAGCCUCACACGCCCUUUAACCUAGACAUUACAAGCCAACGUUAUGAUUUACAUGUAAUAACUUUAACGGAUCAUUUCAUUGUUCUAGAAUGGUCUGGAAGCAUUGGCGGUGGAUGGAGUUCCAGAGGUGGAUGGGAGGGUGGUGCCUCACUUAGCUACAGAUUUUGAUGAUACAGUGACGUCACAUUCACCCCAUCCACUACGAGGCUGUAAAUUAUUUCUUUUAGAAAUGUUGUAGAUACACUUUGUCAAAGAAUAAACAGUUCAAUGAGAG